CAUCCCUGACACAACUUCUCUGCAGUGACUCAUGACGACUACCCCCAGGAUGCAGUAUAACAGAGGCUUCCCACUGAUCGAAGAGACUGGAUCUACAGAUUCCUUGCACAAUCCCGACUUUCUCGAUGCGUUGCUGAAGCCUCAAGGCUGCAAGUGCGGAAUCCCGUGAACCCCACCACGUGGACCAAAGAGCCCCGUGACUAGGCCACCAAUCCACGCUAUUACGUCCUGUCUGUCCCUUUGACCAGAGCGCCAGGUCAACCAACUUGCUGCGACUCAGGAGGAGAAUAUGAGCACCGGGGAGCAAGGCCGUGGCCGCGACUGGGCCAUCCAGCACAUCCCCGUGGAUGAAGACGGUGCUCGAUUUACCCUCGACAAGCUCAAGCCGUUCCGCCUUGCAGCGCUGCAACAUGAUCCAGAUGCGUUUGGGUCCGAUUAUGCUCGAGAGGUCGCCUUCACCGACGAAGUCUGGCUGAGCCGACUACACAACCCACUCGCAAAGACAUUUGUCGCCGUGAGCCCCACGACGGCGGACCCUCGGGGCGAGCAAGGCAUCGUGGCAUCGACCACGGUCUUUGGCCCUCUCCCCAGCACUGCUGAGGACUUGCACUUUAUGGAACAGUCUGGGCUAUCUGCACCAUGGUCGUUGCCAGUUUACCACGUCACGGGCGUGUACACAAACCCGGAAAGCCGUGGCCGUGGCAUAGCGAAGGCUGUAAUGGGGGCCGCUCUCGAGGAUCUGCAGGCGACAUUGCAAAGGGCUGAUGCUGGCCACGAAGCUGGCAAGCCUGCAGCGGUGAUUCGGGUGGAUGUGUAUGCGCACAACAUGGCAGCGCAUGGGUUGUACUCUGCUGCAGGCUUUUCCGAGGUGGAAUCUCGCAAUGAGGCCCGCGAAUCGAGUGAGCCGGGUCGCCGCAUCCUCAGCAUGUUCCGAUUGUUGUUGGCGUAAUGGCAGAGAUGUUCGCGGCAGUCUUGUCAGAGGUGAGAGAUGGCCGAGUUGGACACGAUAUUAGGGUGUCUGUUGCUUGCGCCUGAGGAGGGAAGUCGCGAAAGCUGGGAUUGAGACAUGCCGCAGUGCUCCUGCCCACAUGAACCCCUAGAGCUCGACACCAGCAUGUUCCAAUUGUUAAGGUUGCAGUAGUGACCCGUAAUUUCAAGUUUGUUUCUGCUUAA